CAGCUCUGGUUCCGGUUCUUUUCAACCAAGUCCUCUCCGACGUAUGUGGUGUCGAUAAAUAAACUAUCGAGAAAAAAAAAAUGGUCCGCAUCAGUGUGCUAGCCGAUGCCCUGAAGUGCAUCAACAAUGCCGAGAAGCGCGGCAAACGGCAGGUGCUCAUCCGACCCAACUCGAAGGUGGUAAUCAAAUUUCUGACCGUCAUGAUGAAACAUGGAUACAUCGGUGAGUUCGAAAUCGUCGACGAUCACCGAUCGGGCAAGGUGGUGGUCAACCUAACCGGUCGUUUGAACAAGGCCGGUAUCAUCUCGCCACGGUUCGACGUUAAGCUAAAGGAUGUGGAACGGUGGACCAAUACGUUGCUUCCGUCCCGUCAGUUCGGAUACGUGGUGCUAACCACCAGCGGUGGUAUUAUGGAUCACGAGGAAGCCAGACGGAAACAUCUGGGAGGCAAAAUUUUAGGAUACUUUUUCUAAGUUUGUUGAUAAAAGGAAAUAAUAUACGGUAAACACAAUUCCACAACAAA